UCGGCUCAUCUGCUUCAAUGACUCUCUCUCUCUCUCUCUCUCUAUCUGUCUCUUCCUUUUCCUUUCUCUGAUAAAAACCCUAAAAUGCGACCACCAAUCUCUCCAAAAAAAACACGUGGCAGCAGCCAACCGAACUAAGCUUCUUGCCUUCCAACUCUCGCCCCCAAAUCUAUGAUACCUCCCCGCUACUCUCUCUCUCUCUCUCUAGCGUUCUUUCUCCUCCCAAAUCUCUCUCUCUCUCUCUUUCUUGUUUCUCUCAGCCAUGGAAUGCUGUUUCGAUGAAGAAGAGAUGGAGGCUUGCAGUGCCCUGUUGGAGCUCUCCUGCUCUGCGAUCUUUCGCUGGAACUCCGGUCUUCUCCUCCUGCGGUGGGGCGCCAAAAGGAGGCGCCACUCUCCUCCUCUGACUCAACGUCCUCACCUUUCUCCUCCUAUUUUUCUUCAUGAUUCCGACGAUGGAGGCCGAGGGGGAAGAGAAGGAGGAGGAGACGAGGCAACUCCGUCUUCUCCAGCCCCAACCGAGCAGUUUGAAGCAAGAAGGAAGCCCAGAAGAACCAGAAAGCAAGUCCCCAAGAAGAAGACCCACAAAGAAUUGAAAGAACUUGUGGCUGAGUUGCUGGCGGAACAAGAGGAGCUUAGAUUGGAUAUCUUGGAAGCCACCAAGCUUUUGAAGGAGUUGAAGGAUCGAAAUUUAGAGCUCAAAGCUAAGGAGUGUCUAAAUUUGAAGGAAAGACAGCAUCAACCAGAAGAGGAGAGUGACAGAUGCAAUCAGAUUCCUGACAUUAACACAGAGCCACCGUCUAUGUUGCCCCAACAAUCUGCGGCUGACCAACUAUUGCAUGAUGAUGGUCCGCACAUCGUCGACUCGGAAGCUCUUGAGAAGCCUUUGUUUCUUUUCCAAUCCCCGUUGCCUUCUUUAGAAGGGAGGCAUUUGAUCUCAAUACCUGCCACCGUGCUCUGUCAAUACUUGCAAAGUGCGGAGGUGAAUGCUUCCACUAAUUGUGUGGAAGAUGAUAACGGUUUGUGUUUUUCUACCUUGGAUGUAGCAAGUAGAGCUGCCAUUGCUGCUCAAGCCAGGAAGAGGAGGAUAGAAAUGAAUAGAAUGAAGAGUACCCAGUGCUUUAAAAUAAGAACAAGAUGAUGUAUUCAAGUGGUGUUUCAAUAACAAAUAAUUUGGUAAAGAGAGAGAGAGGGUGGGGGAGGGAGAUUGUAGUGCUUACAGAAGCGUUCUUUAUUUUUUGGUGAUGUAUUUUAUUAGAUAUAUCUGAUAAGAGAAUAUUGUGAAGAAAUCGAAGACUCCAAGUUUUGAGCAUCUGUGUGUGUCUGCGCAACAAAGCUUCAUAAAAGGAAGUUGAUUACAGGUGUAA